AUGGAGAAUCACCAAGGAAACAUGGCUAGUUUUGAAAAAGAGGAGGUGCCUAUGCUGUCUGAAACACGUGCUCAACUGUCUGAUGAAGUUGUGGAUUCUAAUUUCCGGAGGCUAGUGUCUAGGACACGAAGUGCUUCAAUUUCGAUUCCUAUGGCUUCCUUGGAAUCAUAUGAGAAAGAAGCUAGUCUUGUGGGACAUACUGGUCCACUUCGUAAUGUGAGAAAAACCCCCUUUGUGCAUAUGAGUGGUCCACUGUAUGCUACGCAUGGAACUGCAAAUCUUUCAGGACAGAAUAUAGCUGCGACAGGAACCAAAGUUGGGGAGAGUAAGACAGAAAACAUUUCUAGUUUCAAUGGCAGAAACGAAAAUCGUUGGAAUAACGACUAUGAUAGAAAGAAUGAACACUUAAUGAGGUCUGGGCAACUGGGAAUGUGUAAUGAUCCUUAUUGUACUACUUGCCCCACUUAUUUCAAGGCUGCUCAGCCAAAAACUCGAAAAACUUCUGCCAUAUUUGAUCCCAAGCAAUAUGGUGUCAAACUGGAAGAGAAAAAUGGAAUGGUUAAUCGACUCAGAUGGUAUAGAAUGCUGGAUUGUAAUCUUAUUGAUAUUACAUUGCUGCAUCUUGUGCAUUUUAGGUUGGCUUAUGUUUCUCCUGAGUCAACUGUAGUAGGUGCUGGAGACUUAGUUGACCAUCCCAAGAAAAUUGCUCUUAAUUAUCUGAAGAGUUAUUUUUUUAUCGACCUAUUUGUUGUAUUUCCUCUUCCUCAGGUAAUGAUAUUAUCUGUCCUACCAAAGUAUCUGGGAUCAUCUGGAGCAAAUUAUGCUAAAAAUCUUCUGCGUGCAGCUAUCCUUGUGCAGUAUUUUCCUAGAUUAUUCAGGUUUCUGCCUCAGUUAAUUGGCCAGUCUCCAACAGGAUUCAUUUUUGAGUCAGCUUGGGCAAAUUUCAUUAUAAAUCUUCUCAUUUUUAUGUUAUCUGGCCAUGUUGUGGGUUCUUUCUGGUACCUCUUUGGUCUACAGAGGGUUAAUCAAUGUUUGCGAAAUGCCUGUCGUGAUUCUAGUAUUCGUGGAUGCUCAACAUUUAUUGAUUGUGGCCGGGCAUCUGGCCGUAAAUCAGAUCUGUGGAGCGAAAAUGUGAAUGCCACUGCUUGUAUGAACGCCACUUCAGGUGCUUUCGCGUAUGGGAUCUAUGUAAAUGCUGUACAAUUGACCAUAGAAACUAAUGUGGUGGAAAAAUAUGUAUUUGCACUCUUUUGGGGCUUCCAGCAAAUCAGUACUCUGGCUGGUAAUCAAACCCCCAGCCCUUUUGUGUGGGAAGUUCUUUUUACGAUGGCCAUUAUAGUGCCCUGUGCUGAUGACAUUGUUGCUCUUAAUGCAUGUUUGGAAAUGAAUUAUGAUCAUUUUCCCCCCUCAAGUGCUUUCUCUAAAAGAAGGCUAGAAAUGCAACUUAGAGGUCGUGAUGUUGAACAAUGGAUGAGUCAUCGUCGCUUGCCCGAAGAUCUUAGAAGGAGAGUACGACAGGCUGAACGGUAUAGUUGGGCAGCAACAAGAGGAGUGAAUGAAGAAACGCUUCUAGAAAAGUUGCCAGAAGAUCUCCAGACAGACAUAAGACGACAUCUAUUCAAGUUUGUUAAAAAAGUUCGAAUCUUUGCUCUCAUGGAUGAGCCUAUCUUAGAUGCAAUUUGUGAGAGACUAAAACAAAAGACAUACAUCAAAGGAAGUAAAAUUUUGAGUCAGGGUGGUCUUGUAGAGAAGAUGGUCUUUGUUGUACGUGGGAAAUUAGAGAGCUUUGGAGAUGAUGGAAAUAUUGUUCAAUUAUCUGAAGGGGAUGCGUGUGGCGAAGAACUUCUGACAUGGUAUCUUGAGCAUUCUUCUGUAACUACAGAUGGUAAAAAAGUAAGGGUUCAAGGGCAGAGGUUGCUGAGCAACAGGACUGUAAGAUGCUUAACAAAUGUGGAGGCAUUUUCACUUCGUGCUGGAGACCUUGAGGAACUCACAAUUCUUUUCACAAGAUUCUUGCGAAACCCUCAUGUUCAAGGAACACUAAGGUAUGUAUCACCUUAUUGGAGAUCCCUUGCAGCAAGCCGCAUUCAGGUUGCAUGGAGAUACAGAAAGAAGCGUCUGAGUCGUGCUUAUUCCACACAACAAACAUAUUGA